UUUUGGUCUAUGACCUGCAAGCCAUAGACGAUAGUUUGACACUCUCUCCGUAUGCUUCGACAGAAAUGGAAGUGGUUCCUCUGUUCAUUCUAUUAGUCUUUCUUACCAACCCCUCUGACGCUGGAAGAUACCAUGACUGCCCGGAAGACUGGACACAGGUGAAUACAAAGUGCUACAUAUUUGUUGAAGAAAAAGCUAAGAGAGAGAUAGCGUCUGGUAGAUGUAGAGACCGGUAUGCUGCUUCCCUAGCAAUGAUUGAGAACAAGGAAGAGAAUGAAGCCGUUCAAGAUCUCAUCCAUGGUAGCGCGUGGAUUGGUUUGCGUCGCAGCUAUGGUCAUUAUAACUGGGACGAUCGUUAUACGUUUACAUAUGCGAACUGGCGGUAUUCACCUGAUAGGUCGAGUCAGCCAUGCACAAUUAUGCUCGAAACUGGCGAUUGGAAAGCGAACUUUUGUUUUCUGCGUUACUCUUACGUAUGCUGGAAAGAAGCUGAUUGUGAACCUGGAUGGACUGGCGAUAAAUGUGAUCGCAAGUGUCACUGCUACCUGGGCUAUGUCUGUAAUGUAACCCAUACCUGUCCGUAUGGAUGUGAUCCGGGAUGGGAUGGAGAUAGGUGUGAUACACGCCUAGCAAAACCUACAGCGUCAUUCUACUGCACGAAAGUAAGGGGAGGCUACUCUCUGAUGGCUUCGUUCGACCGCAAAGGCGUCGAUUUCUGGAAUAUGGGAGCCGUGAACGCCGAAGGGGAGAUCAGUCCUAAGUGUGGCAAGGAUAAAUUUCGCUGGGACAAGGAAAUGCGCUUAAAUGUUCAGAUUCGAAACGUAUCAGGAGUUUGGGAAUCCGAUUGUCCUGCAGAAAUAGUUGAGAAAAGGAUCCUGAAAUGGACGUUCAGGCUUCAGAAGAAAAAGGACGUGGUCUCGUUUGAAGAUGAGGAAAUUCAAGUCCAGUGUGAUCUGUCUGAAGCUGAUGCUGUAUAUGAGCUCACUGAGAGAGUCGAGAUAGAGGGAAUUCGAGAGAGGUCCUCAACAGCUGCCACACAGACAAGAGUCAGUGUACGGACAUACCUAGCAAAUCCUGACUCUCUGGAACCGGUCACAAAUCUCAGCCUUGGUGUUCCAGUCCGGCUGGUGGCCACGCUUCAAGAAGGGGAUGAUGUUGACAAUCCAUACUUUCACUUUUGGAGCUGUCAAGCUGCAUCUCCAGAUGGAAAUGUUACUGUACAACUGACCGACGACUCCGGUUGUUCUCUGAGGAGAGACCUCCGCUUUGGAAUAAUGCACACGGCCUCUGGCGUGAUCCAAUCGUAUACAUUCCCCAUGUUUUAUCUGCCGGGCUACACAGAAGUGGUGUUCAGUUGUGCUCUUGGGCCCUCGCACAUGCUGAGACAUGAGACACGGAAGUGUCCUAGGAGGGGAUAGGGCAACGGACGGAUGUGACAGGUCACAAGAUGAAGGUCAGUGUAUGAAAAUAUGAGCGAUCAUUCACAGCAGCCAAUCAACGAUGCUUUUGAAACCAUUCAUCUGACAUAGCACCCAAUCCAAACUAUGAAUUCAUAUUGUUCAAAAGAAAACCUGUUCACUUGAAAUAAACAAAAGUAUCACCUUCUCUCAACUUGAA